CUGGAUAAAGCACAUCAGCCAAGACUGCACAAAAAUAUCCCUUCUGUGAAUUCCAGACUGAAAGUUAUUAAACAUCUAAUAAGGUUUAAUACAGCCACUGAAGCUACCUUACGGAUUGCCAACAGAAGAGGAAAUGUCAGACACCUUUCUUAG